AUGGCACAAACUGGAAUGGAGACGGUUUCGGCACGACUCGCAAGCUUCAAAACUGCGCAUCGACCAAUAUCGAAGGGAAGGACCUCCGGUGCAAAGACAAAGCCCAUUACCUGGCCUCAUGUCAAACCAUCUCCCGAAGAGUUAGCGGACGCAGGGUUCUACUACCAGCCAACGGAGAUCAGCCCAGAUAACACAGCUUGUUUCCUAUGCCGAUACGCGCUGGAUGGUUGGGAAGAGGAUGACGAUCCAAUUACAGAGCAUUUAAGGCAUUCUAGAGAAUGCGGAUGGGCGAUUAUUAUGGAUAUAACUCGACGCUCUUCCAAUCCAGCGGAGAUCGUGGACCCAACAAGUCCCGAGAUAGCCGAAGCACGGAGGGCCACGUUCGGCACAUGGUGGCCUCACGAUGGGAAAAAGGGAUGGAAAUGCAAGACUGAAAAGAUGGUUGAGGCCGGGUGGUAUUUAUGUGCAACCGAAGAGAGCGAUGAUUUUGUUAGCUGUGCAUAUUGUAAUCUAUCAUUGGAUGGCUGGGAGCCAAAGGACGAUCCAUUUGACGAGCACUAUCGUCGGUCUUCUGAGUGUUCCUUCUUCCAUUUUGCGCCUAUACAGGGGAAGAAAGGAAGAACCGGUCGUGGGAAGAACACUCGUUCAUCGAAAGCUUCAAGGAGCUCCACACAAUCGACUCUAAGUACAUUCUCAGAGGCCGAAACAGCAGAUCUUGACAGCGAGAUGGAGCAAAGUUUGCUCUCUCAAUCGGCAAAAGAGACAUCAAAGAGGUCUUCAAGGGCUGGAGCGAAAGGAAAGAAGAUAAAAGCAAAGGUAAAUGAAGCGGUUGUGGCUGGCAGCCGAGUAGAAGACGAUGCAACAAUGGUCGAAAGCCAACAACCAAAAAAACCUAGAGGAAGAAAGCGGAAAAGUAGUGAAAUGAUUGACAAUGAGGGAUUCCAAGAGACCUCAAAUUCAGACGUUCGUCCAGAACCAGCAACUAAAAAACGCGCGACAGGAACCCGAAAGACCAGUACCGCCAAAACUCGAGCCAUUUCUGAUCUAACAGACGAUGAAUUGAACGGGCCCAUUGAGCCAGUUAAAAGCGAAAAGCGAUCAAACAAAAAGUUAACGAAAAAGAGGAGUACAUCCAAAAAUCGUGCUCAAUCUGGUGCCUCUAAAGACCCAUUAAUUUCCCGGAUUCCAAAUGAUGCGGAAAUUGAUGCGGAACUAGAAGCUGACUUGGAGAGAGAUGGUAUCGAUGGGGUCGAAAUAAAAUCAGGGACAGGAUAUGAACAUGAUACCCCUGUAGCGCCCAUCUGCAGAGUGUCAAAGAGAGCGAGUGAUACAGAGGAGAUUGAAGGCUAUGCUACUGAACCAAUUCAAAAACCAGGCCGUAAAAAAGCCCAAGGGAAAAAGAAAACGGCAAAGAUAAAUGAAAGCCAACCUCAAGACGAUACCGAAAUGCGCGACGAAGUCCAACAUCCUAGAAUCGCAACCGAUGCUUGCAUGGAUUUGGACGAUGAUCAUAUUUCACCUCACAGUCUUCCAGUGGACGAAGCGGUGGACGAAGUCUGUGACGAUGCACAAUCCUUGAAGAAGGCAAAACCAAGCCGGAAGCAGAAAAGAUCGCGAAGCAAGGAAGAGGAUGCCAGGGAAGAAGAGGCUUCUGAUGGUCUGGCUCGAGAUUCUGCCAAUCUGAGGAGAUUAAGAACGCAAAGCGUAUCUGAAGACCAUAUUCCCUCGGAAAGAACUGCACCUAGUCCAGUCGAUUCGACGCCUUUUCAAGCCCAAGAGCGUACCCCCUCCCCAUCUCCGCAAUCCUCAGAUGCUGAAAAUCGUCCUCCCUCAUCGAGGCCCGAGGCUUUUUCUAUACCGUUAGAACCGAGCACGCCAGCUACAUCGGCACAAAAAAUAUUUGACCAGUCAAUAUGCUUAUCAACUCCUGAUCCUUGGUAUCCGGUCGACCUGGAUGAUUUAUUGCAACCUGAUUCGGCUAAUAAAGAGAACGUUAAUUUGAGUGAAAUGCUGUGUGCAGCUAAGGGCGACUUAACGAGCCCUGAGAAGCGUAUGAGUGUUGCAGAGUGGAUAGCAUGGAAUGCUAAGAAAGGAGAAUCGAAGCUCCGGAACGAGUGCGAGAGGAUGGUCAGCCUUUUCGAGAGAGAAGGCGGACGAGCAAUGUCCGUACUCGAGGAGAUCGAAUGCAUCGAUUGA